AUGGCCAGCUACGACGGUCCGUAUCAAGGCAACGAGAUGUUUAAAUCCUUUACUAAGACUUGGCAUACUACGGUUUACCCUGCAAUCUCGCCUUCCCGGCCCGAGGUCAGUGCUGCUGGAAAAACGGUCUUCAUUACGGGGGGUGGUAGCGGGAUUGGGAAGGCCACUGCUAUCGCCUUUGCAGAAGCCGGUGCCAGAGUCAUCGCAAUUUUCGGGCGCCGCAUUGAGAAACUGCAGUUGGCAGCAGAAGAAAUCUCCAAAGCCAACCCCGAAGGAGUCACCACCGUGGUUGUUGAGGGUGCCGAUAUUAGCCAGCGUCACGCUUUGGAGGCUGCCUUCGCCAGCGCUAUCCACAAGGCUGGCGGCGGCAAGAUUGACAUCUUUGUCAACAACGCUGGCGUCCUUAAGCCGUCAAACUCUCUUGCCACUUACGGCGAGAAAGAAUUGCGAGAGAGUAUUGAGGGUAACAUAAUCGGUUCGUUCAACGCCAUACAGGCGAUGGUCCCCUUGUUGGCGCCGAAAGCAAAAAUCUUAAAUAUCUCCUCGGGCAUUGCGCAUAUCAACCCGCUCCCUGGCUAUUGGGCAUAUGCAUCCUCCAAGCUAGCAAUCGUUAAAAUGUUCGAUUUCCUACAGGCUGAGCAUUCAGACCUUAGCGUUUUUAACAUUCAGCCCGGCGUUGUUACAACUGAGCUUAAUGAAGUUUCCGGUAUCCCAGGCCAAGACGAUGUUGCACUUCCAGCACACUUUCACGUUUGGCUUGCAUCCCCUGAAGCUGAAUUUCUUAAGGGAAGGUUCGUCUGGGUGAACUGGGAUGUAGACGAACUAAAGUCUCACGCAAAAGACAUUAAAGAAUCAAUGCUAUUGAAAGUGGUAUUAAACGGCGUGCCAAUGUGA